AAAUAUGCUGAAAAUGAAUGAGAAUGUUACAUAUAUAAUUGUACUACACAUGUUUCAAAAAUAUAAUAUAACUGAAACGCCCUUCUAUUAUUCAAGUUUCCACUAGCGCUGGAGUGGGGCUUUGUAGAAUCACACAUAAACUUAUAUUACAAAUCUUUCCCUUAUAAUUUGAGUUUAUACUAUAGAUGCGAAAAUCAUUAAAAAGUUGUUAAUUUUUAUACUUCUGUAUAAAAUUGGUUAAAAUGUUGGUGUUAUUUGAAACCCCAGCUGGAUAUGCCAUUUUUAAGUUACUCGAUGAAAGUAAGUUAGCGGAAGUAGAUAACCUUUUUCAAGACUUCGAAACACCUGAAGCUGCUAGCAAAAUAGUAAAAUUAAAACAUUUCGAGAAAUUUGCUGAUACUACUGAAGCUUUAGCAGCUACUACAGCUGCAGUGGAAGGUAAACUUUCCAAAUCAUUGAAAAAAAUCUUAAAGAAGUAUUGCUUUGAACUUCAAGAACAGUUAGCCGUUGCUGAUGCUAAAUUAGGAAAUGCUAUUAAAGAUAAACUAAGUUUAUCUUGCAUUAGUAAUAACGCUAUACAAGAAUUAAUGAGAUGUAUUCGAAGUCAGAUAGAUGGUUUAUUUGCUGGUCUUCCAAAAAAAGAAAUGACUGCUAUGGCAUUAGGUUUAGCACACAGUUUAUCUAGAUAUAAACUGAAGUUUUCACCUGAUAAGAUUGAUACUAUGAUAAUUCAAGCUGUUUGUCUAUUAGACGACUUAGAUAAAGAAUUAAAUAAUUAUGUUAUGCGUUGUCGUGAGUGGUAUGGCUGGCACUUCCCAGAACUUGGGAAAAUAGUAACAGACAACAUAGCAUUUGUAAAAACAGUAAAAAUUAUUGGAACCAGGGAAAACACUGGUAAUUCAGAUUUAUCAGAUGUAUUACCAGAAGACGUAGAAGAGAAAGUAAAAGAAGCUGCUGAGAUAUCUAUGGGAACUGAAAUCUCUGAAGAUGAUAUUUUAAAUAUUCAACACUUAUGUGAUCAAGUUAUUGAAAUUUCUCAGUAUAGAACACAAUUAUAUGAUUACCUUAAAGCAAGAAUGAUGGCAAUGGCUCCAAAUUUAACUGUACUAGUUGGAGAGUUAGUUGGAGCUCGAUUAAUUUCACAUGCUGGUUCAUUAAUCAACCUUGCUAAGCAUCCAGCUUCUACAGUACAAAUACUUGGAGCAGAAAAAGCUCUCUUUCGAGCACUAAAAACUAAAAAAGAUACUCCAAAAUAUGGUUUAAUCUAUCAUGCGCAACUGGUUGGACAAACUUCAGUAAAAAAUAAAGGAAAAAUGUCAAGGAUGUUGGCAGCUAAAGCUGCAUUAGCAACCAGGGUAGACGCAUUAGGAGAAGACAGUAAUUUUGAUCUAGGAGCUGAACAUAAAUCUAAAUUGGAAGCACGUAUGAGAAUCUUAGAAGAGGGAAAUCUUCGUAGAAUUAGUGGUACAGGUAAAGCAAAAGCAAAAUUUGAAAAAUACCAGACUAAAAGUGAAUAUCUUCAGUAUCCAGCAUCCGCUGAUUCAACUCUCCCAAGUAGCAAAAGACGACAUUCAGAAAUUGAAGAUAAGAAGCCAAUAAUUGAAGAAAUUAUUGAGAAACAAGAUGAAGAGAUUCCCAAGAAAAAAAAGAAAAGACAGAAUACUGAGACUACAGAAGAAUCAGUAAUUCAACAAGAUGUAAUUCAAGCAAAAACAGAAGAUGAAACUAGUCCAGUCACAAAGAAGAAGAAGAAGAAAAUUAAAGCAGAAGCAACCGAAGAAGCUAGUUCCACAUCUAUCACAGAAGAUCAACAAUUAGAAGUUUCUCAAACAUUUGAUGAUUCAUCUGAAGUAACAAUAGAACAAACAAAGAAAAAGAAAAAGAAAACUAAACAGGAAACAGAAGAUGUUCAAAAAAGUGAAGACACUACAUCAUUAAGUAGCGAUAAAGUUUCAAGUGAAAAGAAAAAGAAAAAAAAGAAAAAAUCCCAAGAUGAGUAAAAUUGUAUAAUUAAUAUACUCAUAACAAAACAUGUUAUAAAUUGUAGUUCAUUUAUUACAAUUAUAACGUAUACUUUAAUUAGAACAUAAUUACGAACUCUUUUCAUGAAAAGCAUAAUUACAGAUGUUUUAAUAUACAAUGUACAUCAUAAAUGUAUUUAUAUAGUACAUUUCAUUUGUUAUCAUUUUCUUACAUAAGUGAUAAAAUAUAUUAUGCAAUUCUUUUUUUUACA